ACAUAAUUUUUCAAUCCAAAAUAGCAAUUGGAGUUGGAAGAGUUUUAUCCAAAUCCAAAACGUCUCAGCUUCUUGGAAUUUCAGCAGAAGUUGACCCACUGACUUCUCCGGCAGGUAGAGACCAAAACCACCACCCCAAUUUGUCGCCUCCGGCGAUGGCCUUCUCAUUGGGACCCUUAAAGUUUCCUUCUUCCCUUGUCUGCAGAGCAACUCCCACAACUUCUUCCUCCUCCUCACUUGCCCUUGACGCCGCCUACAUCAAACGCGCGGCCGAGUUAGCCGACAAGUCCGCCGGGUUCACGGCGCCGCACCCCAACUAUGGUUGCGUCAUAGCCACCACUUCAGGUAAUGGAGAGAGGGUGGUGGUUGGCGAGGGGUAUUUGUAUGCGCAAGGGACCACUCCGGCGGAGCUGCAGGCGGUUGAGGCCGCCGGGGAAAGCUGCCGUGGUGCCACUGCUUAUAUCAACAUGGAGCCCAAUCACUGCCUAGCCGACCAAGCUGCGGUUUCUGCUCUGGUCCAGGCAGGAAUAGCUAGGGUUGUCAUUGGUAUCAGGCAUCCUUUGCAACAUCUCCGAGGAAAGGCUGUCCGUGCCUUGAGAAGUGAAGGCCUGCUGGUUGAUGUUCUUGGUGAGGAUCUCCAGUGUAAAACUGUAGAGGAAGGUCUCAAGUCCUGUCUCCUAGUAAAUGCUCCUUUACUGUAUAGGGCAUCUUGUCGAGUUCCAUUCUCUGUUCUCAAAUAUGCAAUGACCCUUGAUGGAAAAAUUGCUGCAAGUAGUGGACAUGCAUCAUGGAUAAGUAGCAAAAAGUCAAGAACCCGAGUUUUUGAUAUGCGGGGCAGGAGUGAUGCUGUUAUUGUUGGAGGAAACACUGUACGCCGAGAUAAUCCACGUUUGACAGCAAGACAUGGAGGUGGGCAUUUGCCCCAAAGGAUUGUACUGUCAAAAUCGCUCGAUCUUCCUGAGGUGGCAAACUUGUGGGAUGUUACUGAAGUUUCCACAUUGGUCGCAACACAGAGAGGUGCAAAAAGGAGCUUCCAAAAAUACCUUGCAUCAAAGGGUGUUGAAGUAGUUGAGUUUGAAAUUUUGAACCCUAAAGUUGUCAUGGAAUACUUGUAUGAUCGUGGCUGUCUCUCUGUUUUGUGGGAAUGUGGAGGUACAUUAGCUGCAUCUGCUAUUUCUUCUGGUGUCAUACACAAGGUACAUGCAUUCGUUGCCCCUAAAAUUAUUGGUGGAAAAAAUGCUCCAUCUCCUGUUGGAGAACUUGGGAUGGUGGAGAUGUCACAAGCAUUGGAACUAAUUGAUGUACACUAUGAGCAGGUUGGUCCUGACAUGCUUGUAAGUGGAUUCCUUCAGCCGGUUCCCGACUUGACACCUGUGAUUCCAUCAGUAGAUGAAACUUCUGCAAUUGAUCCUACCGUCUCUCCAUUUGAAGCAAGCAUCAUAUUCUUUUAUAAAACAUGGGAUCCUUAUGGUGCAUUCUCAAACUUCUCUUUGCAUCCAAUUCAAUUGCCUGAUGAAAAUGGCAACUAUUAUAGCUGGCCCAGUGUGGAGCACUAUUACCAGGCUCAUAAGUUUGUGGGGUUAGGUGAUCCUGUUGCCAAAAACUGUUUGGAAGAGAUAAAAAACUCCAAAAGUCCAGAGGAAGCAGCACGUAUAGGAAGGAGAAUGCAGAGACAGCACCCAGAUUUGGUGAGACCCGACUGGGAAUCUGUCAAGAUAGAUGUCAUGUACAGAGCAUUAAAAUGUAAAUUCUCUACGUAUCCGAAUUUAACUUCUAUGCUACUCUCGACUGCUGGAUCCGUCCUGGUUGAAGCUUCACCGCAUGAUCUGUUCUGGGGUGGGGGUCGAGAAGGAGAAGGGCUAAACUAUCUUGGGAGGCUGCUGAUGCAGUUGAGAUCCGAGUUUCUGUCAGAUUCUGCACAGAAUGCAGAUGAUAGAAGUCUUCGACCGGACGAAAUCAAGGUACAGAAAUUGCCAUGAAAAUUGUGAUCCACAGAUUGAAUAAGUUAAGCUGACAUCAGAAUUUCUUGAUAAGAUGAGAGUUGUACAUUGAAACAAGAAUUGUAGAGGUGAGGGCUUAAGUUUAACAUAAUUUCUAACAUUUAUUAUUAUGAUUGCAUGAAAUGAAAGAGCAAUAAAUGGAUUUCAUUUUCAUCA